ACAUCAAAUCCAAGUGGUCUCCGACAGUACCCGGACCUCCUCCGUCCGACCGUGGAAACGAUUUUUAGCUCUCGAGAGGAAUUCACAUCACGAGGCAGACUCUUCUAUGGGAAUGAUAUGCGCUUUCUGAAGAUGGAAAACUGCACUAUAAAAGUGAUUUUCCUGGUGUUGCUGAGUUUUAUUUGUGCGAGAGUAGUAGAAGGAGGAUAUUAUAAAAUCAGGGCGCCCCCACCGCCUCCAGUGCCGCCUGCCAGCCUCCAUUAUGGUCCUCAUCCACCUUCUCACCACCACCACUCUCCUCAUCCUUAUCGGAUCUACCCUCCUCACCCUCCUAAGCACCACAUGACCCCUCACAUACUCCCGUACCACCCCCAUUCCAGAGGUCCGCACGGUCACGUACACCACAAGAACACGGCCCAUUCCAGGGAGUUCCAAAGGGUGCCCAACUUCGCCCAGAAGGCCUUGUACAACCCUUGGAAGCACUUCAACCCCUUCAGGGCACCCGUGGUGAAAGAAACGUUCAACCUUCCGCCGCCUUCUUACCUCCCGUCUUUCGUCAAGAACGAAGACAAAGGCCCCAUCCACACGAUACCAGCUCCCAACCUGGGCCCGGCCGACAAACCUAACAUAUUUCUGAAGCAAAACGAGUUCCUGGCACCCACUCACAACCACGGCCAUUCUGGCGGACAGAAGAUGUAUAAACCUGAAGAUGAUCUCGUAGCUGUUCUUCAACACGGCAUACACAAAGUCAAUGUACCCCACAGUACAGGAUACCAGGUAACCGAAGACCCGAGUUUGCAUCAACCAAACUCAGAUAAGCCUUCCUACUUCGCCCCCGAUCCGGAUCCAAGCGUGCCAGCAGUGAAAGUGCCCGCGACUUCAGAUCCGCAUUCGAUCCCGAGCAACGGACAAGUACCUCUCGACGUCUACCUACAACAGGAAGCCGAUAAAAUCGCCGCCCAUCAACAAGCGGAUAAUUCGAACUCGCUCACCGCACAAGACCUGUUUAAUCUCCUCAAUUAUCAACAAGGAAGUACUGUUAAUCUCUUCCCCCAGCUGAGCCAGCCGCUCUUCCAGCCCAACCUCCAGUUAUACAACCCGGGUGUUCUCCUGCAGCAGGAUUAUCACGGAGACGGCCUUCAGCAGUCUGUGCAACAUUUUACCCCGCAGUUCCAGACGUUCAACUACGACGAAAGGACUCAGCAAGGCGCUUACGGCAGCAACAGCUUCCCGACGGCCAGCAUGGGAUUCCAAUUGAACACCGAUGACCUGUCCACCUCCGGGGACCUUUUCGACGAUUUCAAAGACAACGAAGUAGCCGGCAAUGAGAAAGAAGAGAUUUUUAAAAAAAUAGAUGAAAAUGAAAUUUCCUCUAGACAAAUUGAAUCGAAGAGAAAACCCACAGACAAAAAAGACGAAUUAGAAGUCAAGAAUCAAUUUGCCAGCACUGUCAAUCACGUGCAAACUUUCACGCCUUAUUAUACGACUCCUACUCCAGCUCAAACCCCAUCAACGGUUCAAAGCCCAAAACAAGAAAAACCUCAAGAAGAAAAGCCUGAAACCAACGAAAAUGUAAAAUCCCAGACGAAAACCCCUAACAUUGACACAACACAAAAUGUCGAAAUAGUCAAGCCAGAGGAAAACUUUCAACUUCAGAAAUCAAUUCAGAUAUACGAGAACACCGGCCAUGUCCUGUCCAAAGAGCUGAGCCCUAAGAGUACCCGGAAAGAAGGGAAAACGGCGAGAGGACUCGUCCUGGCGGAAAUCGUGCCGGAAACCAUCAGCAAUCAGGCUGACGUCGGGGCUGCGAAUAUACCGUUUGGUGCUAGAUUGCGGCCGAAAAGAUUCUAAAAUCCUUUUCUGAAUUUCUACAUUUAUUUAUUGGCUGCCUGCUUCGGCUUUAUGACAAUACAAGACUGCUAUCAUAAAAAUUCGACACGAGGAUAGGUCGGAAUGUAUAUAGACAUUUUAACUUUCUUUUUUCUCUUUUCUUUUUAUUUAUAAACUGUGGGAUUUAACAAAGAGAAAAAUUUCAGCAUGUCAGUGCAUUUCUAGUAGUUGGUUACCUGGUAGCAAAAAAAAAAUUCAAUAAAAUUUGUGUUAAAAACAAUUGCUC